AUGCUGCUCCAGAGACUGGGGAACCUGCUCACCCUGGCCCAGUGGGCGAGGAGACAUCUCAGUUCAGCCCACCUCUGGCACGGUGUGGGGGUCCCGUGUGUGGUGUGCAGGGAUACAUACGGCUCCUCAGAAGUCAGACGUGGCUGUUGGAAUCGAGCGCACAGGGCUCUGAGGCAACACAUCUGGCUGGGACGGCUGGUUCAGUGGUGGGGCAUCAUGGGGCUCUUGCCCAAAUACCCUGAGGCUCACGAGGUGAAACGCAUCUCUCAGAUGUGGAAGGAAAUGGAUCACAGCCAUCGAAAAGCUUGUCUUGAGACACUUGGAUGGGAGGAGGUAGGAGUGGAAAGAUGGAGCUCUUUCAUCCAGGGUAUGGUGACUCAGCUGAACAAACAGCAUGGCUGUUUUUGGACUUCUGAGGACUGCACAGAUCAGUUCUACCCUCCUCCUAAUCUGCAGGCCCUGCUGAAGCUUGUGCUGGUGCCUCAUAUCGACCACAUGUCAGUCCAGGCAAUUCUCAUGUAUUUCAUUCUGGACAUGGCGAAUUUCCUGCAGUGCAAAGAUGACCUCCUACAAGCUUUCUGUCAUGCCUUCACAAUUCCUUCCAGCUUUUCCCAACAAAUUAGGGCCCUGUGGAUGCUUGAUCAUGGACACGUCAAGGCCUCCAUGGAGCUGCUGCUGAGCCCCAGGGCUGCUGUCCCCUGGCUCUCCUGGCAGCAUCGUUGCAUCAUCCACUGCCUGCUGGCGAGGAAGCAGCCUCAGUUGGCGUUAAGGUACCUCAACUGGACCACGCCUGCAAUGGAGAGUGCCGAGGAUGCCAAGCUCUGUGCAGAUGUGCUACUUCAAAACAGUUAUGUCUCUGAUGCCUGGGCUCUGCUGAAGAGAAGCCACACAGAAAGUGAUGACAUGGUCGUGCACUUCCUCCAGGCGUGUGAAGGAUUUGGUCUGUUUGCAGAGGCUUUAAAGUACAUUCCUGAAGGAUAUAAUGGUGAAGGAGACAAUGGUAGGAUUGAGACUGCAGGCUCACAGUUGCUACUUAUAGAGAAAGACUGUUCAGGAGGGAGGCCACCCUGUCCGCUAUCCGCCAAACUGUAUCAGGCUCAGAAAGUGAACUCAGUGUCCUCAGAGGAACUUGUCAAACUAGUCAGAAAGGCCGUGAUGGAAGUGAGAGAACUACAUCCCAAGAUAAGUGAGGUAGUGUGGCCAGAGCGCACAGAGAGAAAAUUAAAAAGUAGAGAGAUGUUUCUGUCAACCCAGGCUCUGCGUCGUCUCACGCCCAGCCCAUCCCCGGUAGACAUGGCUGGUGGAACAGAGUACACAGCACAAGCAGAUGAACCAGAAGAGGAACAACCUGUCAUUGAUAAUCAAUCUGAGACACCAGAGUACAUUUCUUCCUCCGAGUCCCCACUUGUAGAGGAUCUGAGCUCUGAGUCCGUCUCCUCCUUCACCUCGGCCUCCUCAUUGCCUCUGUUGAGACAGGACCGUCCUUACGUGUAUCAGAGUACCUUGACUCUGCAGAGGAUCUCGUCUCUCCUCACUGAUGGAGAGAACCAAAGCAGGGAGGAGGAAGAGGAAGAAGAAGGAGAAGAAGAAGAGAGCAGAGCCCCUUCAUCAUCGGAUGUCUUGAUAGAUUGCCCUGAGCCAACAGUGACACUAGAUGGCACCACAGACCUUAAUUCCCUCAGCAACUUGAACAAAGACAGUCUGGUUGAGCUGAUGCUCUCAGGAGAGGAGAAAAUGGCCUGCUGUAAAGGUGUGUCUGAAGAAAAUGUUCAUGGUCUCCCAAAUGUCAGCACUCUAUGGAGCUCUGGAGUGUCACUCAACCAAGACGACCAAUCAGAUUGCAUCCCUCCUCAGAGUUUAAGCUUUAGUGGGGCAGCCACACCUGACCGUUUCCUGGAAAAGGAACUUCAUCAGGAAGCAUGUGAGCAUCGUCAGCUAGAGGAAGCAGGGGGAUGCUUCACUCAAGGAUUCCACGAUGUAGUGGACCAAUUUGAGAGCCUAACUUCCUGUGCCCUGUUUGAAACCACUCAGGAUCUACUGUCUGACCUUCACCAGAGCCUUCAGAUAGAAGAGAGUACAGACUGUAGCUCAGGGGCCUCAGCAGGGAUGAGUGAGCCAGGAAGCUCCCUCCUCACCCCUGUGUGCAGCUCCAUGCAGCUUCCGAUCCCUGCCUCCAGGGCAUCUUGCAACACACAGACCAGCUCUGCUCCUUGUGACACUAACCAUGAAAGCUCCCUCAAAGCACAAUCAAAGAUGGAUGAAGCCUGUGUCCAGAGCGCCUCAGAUCAUUACAAAAUGGGCAGCUGGUGGAAACAGGACCUGGAAACCCAUAGAGCUUCCUGUAGUCUCUUAGCUGUCACAGAGCCUGGAGCAGCUAUCAAAUCAGAUAAGAAGCCUUCUCUUGUUCUAAAUCAGCCAUAUUCCUACAGUCUGGUCACUACUAAGCAAAAAGCAGACAGCAGAGAUGGCAAACAGGCAGACAAAGUGCAGCUCGCAGGUUGGAAGGUUUCACAGGGUGCCAUAAGGAGUGGAAGAAGGAAAGGCAAACGAGUGAAGUCAUAAUACAACCUUGAUGAUCACCACAAAGACUUUUCACCUUGAUGUGAGGCAUCCCCUCCUCAUCAAUCAACUGGUCGGAUUCUUCUGACAGCUGCUGCUGAUUUUAUAAGUAACCGUUCCCACCCAGUGCUGUUGUCCUGCCACACCCUUUCUCUCCCUCUGUAAAACACCACAUUUCUCAAAAACGCUCACUCAAUAAUAAAUCUCUCAGGAAUUAUUGA